GGAAUGAUACCUCUCAUAGCUGCUUCAUACUCAUAGCCACCCUUUUAAAGUUGCCUUGGCUUUAUCAGUAAGUUCCUGUGGGAUCAUAGGCUUACCAGACCGAAUUAAAAAAAAAUCUUUGAGUGUGCAGAUGACAGAAUUAAUGGAGCAGUUUCUACAGAGCUGUGAGAGGCAAGCCACUGCUAAAGAAAGAGUAUUGCAGAUGGAAGCCAAGCAGGAUUCAGAAGGAUCUAUCGAAGCAGUAGACCAAGGAGCCAAUCGUCCGGCUGAAACCCACCAAGAUCUAGAGGAUGACACCUGUCCGCCUCGGACAAGUACCCCAAAGAAGAACAGCAACCCAAAUCCACCAGAGGCACUGAACAUGAGAAGCGCCAGUCCCGUUCCUUGCGUCAAAGACCCUCUUCCGGCUUCGCCUAUUAAUUGUCAGGAGGUUGUAGAGGAGGUAGCGGAGCUUUGUCUGCAAGAAGGAGAUGAUGCAGAUGGGAACGACCAGGCUGAGGUACACUCCGUUGCUGGGGAUCUCCAAGAGGAGGACACACCCAACCCUGUGGGAACAUCUAGGCCAUUUGCUAGUAGUAGUAGUACCCCGGAAGAGAUCAUGUCUUCCGUCAAUUGGGUGACGGAUGCUUCGAUAGCUAAUACCGAGGGAAUUAAAAAGUUAGAAGACAUUCAAAGGAAACAUCGGGUAGCAGCUGUAAACCAGCACUCGAAGUCUAUGACUGAAAUACAGUCGUUAAAGAAUGAAAGUCGACAUCAUGGUAAGGUUAAUGACAUGCUGAUUCAGAGGAUUACGGCCCUUGAAAAUGAUAAGGUAGUAGCAUCUGCAGGUGUCGAGCCAUGGAAGAUUCCCUUCUUAGAACUUAAAAGAAAUAAGAAGGAAUUCAUCUCUUCCACAAUCAUUAAAACUAAAUGCGGGGGAUGCUUUCGGGCAAAGUUUUUCCUGAAUGAAUUACGGUUGAGGCUAGUCGUCUCUCAUAUAUCCGAGUGCACUGCUGCGGAAUCGGCUCAUAGCAAGUACCAUUGUAGAGUGCAUCUCCUGCACUUUCGCAACGUUGCCGAUUCCAUUCAGGAAGAACAGGAUUUACGAAUGGGUGUAUGUGGCACUGAAUUCCUUACCUUAUUUCCCAUGAGAAAGUUAGAAGAGAAUGAUAGUCCAUUUGUGAAGGAUGGGGUCAUUUUUAUCAAUCUAAUCUUUGAAAAAAUACAGGCCGACAACAUUCCAAGCGCAAAAUGUUUGCAGAAAAGGUAUUAAAAGGUUAAGUUUGAACUAAUUAGGCCUGACACGUACCAGUUUCUUUUUCUCUUUUUUAUUUACAUUUGCCUGUUGGUGAUUUUUCGGCGGGAACA